AUGACACACAACGGGAAGACAACACUAAAUGAAUCAACAACCAUAAUAGACAAAGGGAAGACCACACUUAAUGAAUCAAAACCCAUGACACACAACGGGAAUACCACGCUUAAUGAAUCAAAAACCAUAACACACAACGGGAAUACCACAUUUAAUGAAUCAAGAACCAUAAUACACAACGUGAAUACCACACUCAAUGAAUCAAGAACCAUAAUACACAACGGGAAUACCACACUUAAUGAAUCAAAAACCAUAAUACACAACAGGAAUACCACACUUAAUGAAUCAAGAACCAUAAUACACAAGGGGAAUACCACACUCAAUGAAUCAAAAACCAUGACACACAACGGGAAUACCACACUAAAUGGAUCAAAAACCAUAACACACAACGGGAAUACCACACUUAAUGAAUCAAGAACCAUAAUACACAACGGGAAUACCACACUCAAUGAAUCAAAAACCAUAACACACAACGGGAAUACAACACUUAAUGAAUCAAGAACCAUAACACACAACAGGAAGACCACACUCAAUGAAUCAAGAACCAUAAUACACAACGGGAAUACCACACUUAAUGAAUCAAAAACCAUAAUACACAACAGGAAGACCACACUUAAUGAAUCAACAGCCAUAACACACAACGGGAAUACCACACUCAAUGAAUCAAAAACCAUAAUACACAACGGGAAUACCACACUUAAUGAAUCAAAAACCAUAAUACACAACAGGAAGACCACACUCAAUGAAUCAAAAACCAUAAUACACAACGGGAAUACCACACUUAAUGAAUCAAGAACCAUAACACACAACGGGAAUACCACACUUAAUGAAUCAAGAACCAUAAUACACAACGGGAAUACCACACUCAAUGAAUCAAAAACCAUAACACACAACGGGAAUACAACACUUAAUGAAUCAAGAACCAUAACACACAACAGGAAGACCACACUCAAUGAAUCAAGAACCAUAAUACACAACGGGAAUACCACACUUAAUGAAUCAAAAACCAUAAUACACAACAGGAAGACCACACUUAAUGAAUCAACAGCCAUAACACACAACGGGAAUACCACACUCAAUGAAUCAAAAACCAUAAUACACAACGGGAAUACCACACUUAAUGAAUCAAAAACCAUAAUACACAACAGGAAGACCACACUCAAUGAAUCAAAAACCAUAAUACACAACGGGAAUACCACACUUAAUGAAUCAAAAACCAUAAUACACAACAGGAAUACCACACUUAAUGAAUCAAGAACCAUAAUACACAACGGGAAUACCACACUUAAUGAAUCAAAAACCAUAAUACACAACGGGAAUACCACACUUAAUGAAUCAAAAACCAUAAUACACAACAGGAAUACCACACUUAAUGAAUCAAGAACCAUAAUACACAACGGGAAUACCACACUUAAUGAAUCAAAAACCAUAAUACACAACAGGAAGACCACACUCAAUGAAUCAAAAACCAUAAUACACAACGGGAAUACCACACUUAAUGAAUCAAGAACCAUAACACACAACAGGAAGACCACACUCAAUGAAUCAAAAACCAUAAUACACAACGGGAAUACCACACUUAAUGAAUCAAAAACCAUAAUACACAACGGGAAUACCACACUUAAUGAAUCAAAAACCAUAAUACACAACGGGAAUACCACACUUAAUGAAUCAAAAACCAUAAUACACAACAGGAAGACCACACUUAAUGAAUCAACAGCCAUAAUACACAACGGGAAUACCACACUUAAUGAAUCAAAAACCAUAAUACACAACAGGAAUACCACACUUAAUGAAUCAAGAACCAUAACACACAACAGGAAGACCACACUUAAUGAAUCAACAGCCAUAAUACACAACUGGAAUACCACACUUAAUGAAUCAAGAAUGAUAAUACACAACAGGAAAGCCACACUUAAUGAAUCAACAAACAUAAUACACAAUAGGAAUAACACACUAAAUAAAUCAACAGCAAUAAAACACAAUAGACAACUUUUGAGUUUGAUGCAUUUUGGUCAAAAACUCUGGUUUUAG